AUGCAGCAAGAGGAUCUAGCGUACGAAAGGAAAUUACGGCCAAUCUGGGAAUCGAUCGAAAUCGGCAACUACAAAAAGGCGUUGCAGGAUGUUGACAAGAUGCUGAAGAAGAAGCCCACCCUACAAUGUGCCCGAGCACUGAAAGCCUGGGCGUAUCAACGGCUCGGCCGUACGGAGGACAGUGCUCCGCUUAUCGCUGCUCUCGAGGAGGAACAACCGAUCGAGGCGACCACGCUGCAUGCGCUUACCCUGUGCUAUAAGGAAACGCAGCGGCUGGAUAAAAUCUGCACGUUGUUCAGUAACGCCGUGCGUCAGGUGCCGGGCAGUGAGGAGCUUCUAUCGCAACUGUUCAUCGCCUACAUGCGCAUUGACGACUUUAAGGCGCUGCAGGCCGUCGCGCUGCAGUUGUACAAGUUGCGGUCACGCAACUCCUACUAUUUUUGGGCCGUCAUGAGCGUGGUGCUGCAGGCACUCCGGGGACCGGAAUCGCAAAACGCACAGAAGGCGCAACUACUGCUUGCUCUCGCUCAGCGGAUGGUGGACAAGUUCAUCGCCGAGAACAAGUUAGAGGGAGCCCAGGAGGCCCAACUGUAUUUGCAGAUCCUACAGGAGCAGCAUAAGUACGAUGAGGCGUACGAGUUUUUGCAAGGUGCCUUAUGCCAAAAACUGUACCCGGGUGCACCCGUCUAUCAGAAGAUUGAUUUGUUAAAGCAGCUUAACAAAUGGGGCGAGUUGAACCGCUUGCUGAAAGAGCUACUGCUACAAGAGCAAGAUCGUUGGGAUUAUUAUCAGGAUUACAUCAAUUCGACGUUCGAGCUUAUAAAAGCUGGAGACAAACCAGAAGGUGCGGAUUACACGGUCGAGAUGUGUCACGAAUUCUUAUGCGAUGUUAUCGAAGCCCAACCGAAAAAGUUCCGUGGCCCAUACCUAGCCCGCUUGGAACUUAACCGCCGUAUGGUUGAACUUCAGUACGCGGAAGAUCAGCUGUUUGGCAAGAUGUCUGAUAUGUUGGCGGAGUACUUCGAACUGUUUGCCGACAAACCGUGCUGUGCACUCGACAUGAAGCUGUUUCUCGAGUUUGUCAAACCGGCCGCCGAGCGUAGAGCCCUUGCCACUAAGCUAAUGAAUGGUCUGGGGCUCAGCUCAGCAACGCUACCAGCUAGUAAAGAACAAAUGCAACGUCACAUUUGCACGCUACAGAUAGCAAGAUACAGUGGAGCGCAUGCUAUCGUUAGCGAGGAACUGCUGCACGCCAUAUAUACCUCGCUUAGCCUUCACUACGAACACGGAUACAAUGCGUAUGGGCAGGGUCUGCUGGUGACCGACAUGGGACCCUCGGAUGCGUACGCGUUGUUAGCGGCGCAAAUUAUGUACGAACGGGCCUGGCGAAUGCAACGCUCCGAACCGGCCAUCGAAGCCUUGUGCCUGUUGAACCAUCUGCUGGCAAACAGCGUGAACAACUUCCACGGCAAACUGUUAGCCCUGCAGCUGUACCAUCGACUUGGACUCACGCAAGCAGCCCAAAGUGCCUACGAAGCACUGGACAUAAAGCACAUUCAGCUCGAUUCGCUCGGCUAUCUGCACUGUGCCCAGCUGGCAAAUGCCGGCUUUCCCGCGCUUGCCAAAAUAACCUACGAGUGUACGCUUUACUUUUUCCUAAACGAUAAUGAUGCCAAUUCCGAGUUUCCGAAGGCACUGUACAACUUUGGGACGUUCUCGAAGCUGGUCGAAAUCGUUGACUUCCGUAGCCGACUGGCCAAUAGCUACCACUUUAUGCUAGUAACCGUCGAAACGUUGUUACUGAUGGUGGUCAGUUCCGGAGGCACACUGUCUCAGUUACUGGCAGCGUACCGACAAACUCGCCGGAAACCGCACGAGGAUCGUAUUCGGUGGGACAAGCUGCACGACAAUCGCGAUCUUACGAUCUUUGUCUGUUGGGAUCCGCCCAGCGAUGAUGAUGAGAGUGUAGAGCAACCGAUAAAUAAUGGUACGUGCGAAGAGAAGGAAUCCAUACCAUUUCGUUCGAAACCGGUCGGUGCUACACUAGAGGCACGUCGGGAGCGAUUGCAAAAGCUUAGCUACGAGCAGGACUACGAUCUUUUGCGGUUACGUUCUGGACUCUCGAGAAUGGUGUUCGCGUUGGUGGAAUUAUACCUCAGCCGAACGACGAUGGAAUGUACGAUGGCCCAGCAGCUGCGUGAUGAAUGGGUUGCGGUGACGGCGGACAUUCGAAGUAAACAGCACGUACCGAUUACCGGUCGGUAUCUAGUCAAUCUGUUACCCUCGCGCCUACAUCUUUACCUGAACCUUCCGUACGAGCGCUUCUUUACACAUCUGGCCGACUUUGUGCUUAACCUAUGGAAGGGUCACAGCAACGAGGAGCUUACCGAAUCAGUUGAUGUGUGUCUCAGCGACGUGACAACCGUGUUCGAAAUGAUGAAACGAAUUGUCGAAACGUACCAUGCGUCUGCAGAUUUGCUGUGGCAUUGGAAGAUGACACACGAGCUCGUGAAUGGUUGUAUCGAGAUGAUUUCACUGAUGGUGUUCGUGCUGACAGUGUGCUACGAUAAGUAUCUGCAUGCACCUGCGUCACAAACUCAGCCAAACACGGGGAAGAAGGUUAAAAAGGGACAGUCCAUCGAGGGCGGCGGGCAGAACACUGCGAAUAGUGUCAACAGUGAUGCUUCCGGUACGUCAGUAACCCUUGUACCGGAAAGGGAGCGUCUCGUGCUGGUUACGAAGGUGCUCAGAGAAUUGAAACAACGAAUCAAUGAUAUGGACCUGGUGCUUGCUUCCUGGAAGCCGCCCGUUGUCGAAGAUACGCUAUCUGCCGCCAUCGAGCGCAUGUCACUAAAUCCUAAGUAUGCCUCGUCCAUACAAUUGACCAUAGUCGAAAAUGCUCUGACGGAGGUUAGGGAGUUGCGAAAACUGCUAAAGGACAAGCUAAAAUUGAUGAGUAAAGCUAUUUAA